AUGUGUGCCUUUUUGUCCCAGAGGUUGAAGCCAUGCUGCAUAAGACGAUAUGUGCCAUGUCGAAUGUGUUCAUUGGGUCAUCGGGCUCGACAUUCACUGAGGACAUAUUUUGGCUCCGGAAGGACUGGGGAUCAGCUUUGGUUUGUGAUGAGUAUAUGUGGCAAGGUUCUGGACCGUGGUGAGAACAUUGAGCUUCUAGUAGACAAAACAAAGAACCUCCGCUCACAGGUGGUGAACCUCAAUAUCAUUGAGGGCUUGAACCUGCUGAAGGACUCUGAAAUACUGGUGCUGAUGCCUUUUACUGCUACACAGCUCACCAAAUAUUGACAAAAGAAACUAGUCCCUUGGAAACAAUGGCAAUCAUUGGCAAUAAGGAGAUCAUUGACAUUAACCAAGGCAUGUUAGCUGCUUAGACUCCUGUAAAUAAAUAAAUA